UCUCUUUCGGAACAACAUCUACACGUUUCUAUAAAAACCAAGUUCAAUAAAAAUGUACUCUACUCCCGCUUCAUACCCACAGCUGGGCCCAUCAUCAUGUCCUUCGUUACUCGUCGUUCUCAGUCUCCUCCUCCGAUGCCUUCCCCUGAGCUCGUACCAACUCCUUUGCCAUCACCGCCCCCCAUCCUUCAUCGCAGCUCUCGUUUGACCGUUCCUGCAAAUAAUUCACCACCUAUUCCCCCUCGCCUCAUAGGCUCACCACUUCUUCAGAAUACUCUGAACGCGUCCAGGUCACAUGAUCGCUUAAACAGAAAGGCAAAGGAGGGUCUCUUUGGCGAGGACGACGAGUUUGGCGCGCGUAAACGUGCUUUGGGGAAGAGAAGUAACUCAUCAAUAUCAUCACUCCCUAUUCUUUCUACUUCUCCAACUCGCAUUGCAAGGCGCGCAUUGGGUCAAUCAUCAACCCGUUAUCGUUCCCCGCCACCUAGUCCUACAAUCGCGUCCCCACCACCACCCGUUCCUCCCAUCCCGGCAUUCAUGCUCACUCCAACUGACAAGAAGUCUGUCGUGCAGUCAUUACCUAGUAAACGAGCAACUGCUCCUGCACAACACGCUCUCUUCGACCUCCCACCUUCUCUCUCGAGGCCACGUUGUGAAUCAACUCCUCAGACUCCUGGCGCAAUGACCUGUAUGCAGUUUUUUACCAUGCACAAUACUCCUCGCAGAGACUGCCGAGUCUGAGCGUGCACGAUGGAUGACUAUUCCCCUCGUAACGUCGAGCUUGCAUCUUGAUGAACCUUAAUAAGGCCGCACCAGCUGCGUCUUGUGCCAUCAUUGUACACAACUUAACAUCAUUGGGACGACAUUACUUGCCAACGACCUUCCUUGCACAUAACCGUAUAUUCUUUCUUUAAUAUUUAUACCUCCUUUAUGUUCGCCACCCGCGCCUUAACGCGCUCGAUGCACUCCCUCUGUCCCUUUCGCUCCUUCUAGUCUACCUCCCCCACAUUCACUGAUGUAUUACCACCAUUGCUCCCCCUCAAUCGACAACCAACUCACAAAAUGUCAGUGCUUACUUUACACGCAUUUACUUAUCCCGACCAGUACCAUAAUGUUCUUUAUCGUGUUCCACCACUCGUAAUGCUAAACUGUGUUUGAAACAA